AUGGACUCUGCGCGAUGCACUAGCAAGCUUCUUCGCCUGCCCCCCGAGCUACUCCUAUCGAUAAGGGGGUUCUUAGAUGAGUUCGAUAUUUCUCGUCUCUGUCGGGUUAACCGUCACCUAUACGGGCAACUUGAUGGCGAAUUCUUUUUUGAUCGCUCUGCAAAAACGCCGGCCAAUUCUGCCUUGCUGUUGGCUGCAGAGCACAACCAUAUGAGGGCAGUUCUAAGAGCCAUUUCUGAGGGUGCAGAUGUCAACGCAAGUCAUCAGCUCAGCAAAUAUACUCCCUUGGUUGUUGCUGCCGAGUGCGGUCAUACAGAUAUCGUCACGUACUUACUUGCCCAGACCAGCAUCAACGUCAAUGCCGUAGCCAAUCACGGUCAGACCGCUCUCCAUUAUGCCGCCCGUCAUGGGCAUACAGAUAUCGUUGAAAAAUUACUAGCCUCCCCCAAUUUGCAAGUCAACUUGAGGGAUCACUAUGAUUGGACGCCUCUGAUUUGGGCCGUGAAGAAGGGGCAUGAUGCUAUUGUGCAAUUGCUUGAGCCGAUCGUGCCAUGCUACGAGAAAGAGUUUUAG